CAAUUAGGAGACACCAUGGAGUUACGGUCAUCACGAGUGUUAUUAAUUUAUUAAUGGCCAUUUUAAAUUGCGUGUAACCUUGGCUGCAAGGGUUCGGGUUCCCUGCUCAUUGUACAAGGACAGUACAGGUGUAAUGGCUGCUGUCCAUGUUGUUGUGUUAGUCCAGGGUUUGAGUGGCUUAUGUUAACUAGGCUAUCAACUUAAGUCAACUCAAGCUUUAUUUAUAAAGCACCUUUAAGACGACAACAGUCAAUCAAGGUGCUGUACAUCAGAGGGCACGGGAUAUAUACGAAGAGGAGUAAAAAAGAUAGAUUACAAUCAGAACAAUAAAUAAAAACAAUAAAAUUACCCCUGUCACCUCUAGACUUAAGUCUAGUUUUGGGAACCUCCAGCAGCAGCUGUCCCGAGGACCUUAAGGCUCGGCACAGGAGCUUAGGUAGAUACAGAGGGGCAAGACCAUUGGGGACGGUAACAACAAUUAAGAGAAGUUCAAAAUCAGUACGAAAGCGGACUGGGAGUCAAUGAAUGGAAGCUAAAACUUGCGUGAUGUGGUCGCACUUUUUCUUGCUGGAGAGAAGUCAAGUGGCAGCGUCCUGAAUGAGCUCAAGGUGUGAUGCGAACUCCUCUGCGCUGGGUGCUGUGGGAUGUGAAGGACACCCUGCUGAAGGUACGAGCAUCUGUGGGAGAGCAGUACUGUAAGGAGGCCACGCAAAUGGGCCUUAGCCUCAGUCCUGCAGAGGUCAAUGCUGCUUUCCUGCAGGCCUACCGACAUUAUUCCAGGAGGUACCCAAACUAUGGCGUCGCUCAGGGUCUGAAUGGACAGUCGUGGUGGAAGGGGGUGGUACGGGACACCUUCUCUCAGUGCGGGGUUCAGGAACCAGCUCUGCUAAAUACAGCGGCUAAGAAUCUUUACCAUAACUUCUGCAAUGCAGAAAACUGGGAGGUAUUUCCAGACUCGGUGAAGGCCUUGGAGAGCUGUUCUUCUCUUGGACUGAAGCUGGGCGUGGUAUCCAACUUUGACAGCCGUCUUGAAGCUAUUCUACGUGCUUGUGGGCUACUAUCACACUUCAGCUUUUUAAUAACAUCAGAGGAAGCUGGUGUAGCAAAGCCCAGUCCAGCCAUCUUUAAACAGGCUCUGCAGAAAUGUGGUACACCAUCUGACGUUGUGGCUCAUGUUGGAGACCAUUAUGUGAAUGAUUACCUCGCUUCCCGCUCCAUGGGCAUUCACGGGUUCCUUUUAGACAGACACAACAAACAUAACCAAACAGACGUUCCUGAAGAGCAUCGACUCAGCUCACUGGAGGGGCUACCAUCACGGCUUCUGCAGCAGAUGGACUAAUGCUUGCAGUUAUGGGCUCAAGUGCAAAUCUACUCAGGCUAAUGACAGUUCAGUUAAGGAACUGAUAUGUAUAUUAAAGCCAUGCUCAGCCACUUUAUCGCUCACAUAAAAGAUGCAAUAUUCCUUUUAGACAUGUGUAUUAAUAAAGCCUGAAUAUUGUAGCCUAAAUAAAUACAUUUAUUAAUUCAACACUGUGAUCUGAAACCAAAGUAGAGGAGAUAUGAGAAUAAAAUAAAUACUCUCACUACUCUGAAA